AUGACGAGUCCAGUGCUCCUUUCCCCGCCACAAAACCUCGACUGCGGCUCCCAAAAUGGUGAGUCAUUCGAGCAUCCAGACCCAGAGCUCUUCGCCGCAAUGGCAAAGCGAAAGAUAGAUUUUGGUGGCUACCGCAUGGGACCACUUAACCCGAAGGAAUUGCUGCUUUGCCUUGAUGUCCUGAAGCUAGAGCCCAGUGCCCUGAGAGUAAAGGACCUGGCCACCUUGAACACUCUCAUCAAGGCCCACGUUGAAAGGAUUCCUUUCCAAGAUAUAGACGUGUUCGUCGGCCAUCAGCCACCGCUUGAUGACGAAUCGGUGUUCUGCAAGGUGAUUGAACAACGUCGCGGUGGCUGCUGCUUGGAGCUCAAUAACAUCUUCGGCAGGCUUCUGCUGACACUGGGCUUCAAGUUCCACAUUCGGGCUUCCCGGGUCCGCUGGAGCUGCCCAAUGGACUCGUCACUCACUCCCCUAAUACACAUGCUCUUAUGCAUCGACCUAGACGAGGAAGGCGAGUACUUCGCAGACUUGGGCUUCGGCGGUGGGCCCAACCCGUUCAAAGCGCUUCCUGUAGAAGGCGAGGCUGAGCCUUACCGUGCGCGCAGACUCGAUGAAGAAGGUAACAUCGAGGUGGCCAUCAAGUGGACGCGACGCGAUGGCGCAUCGCCGACUUGGCGUCCCCUGUACGACGUGUUUCCUCAACCGCAACAUUGGAUCGACAUCGUCCCAAUGCACUGGUACUACAAGCUGCACCCGCGAUCACUUUUCCAUCACACGCUCAUAGUGGGGCGCUUCGAUGACGAUUCGUGGCUGAUGCUAGUGGACGGUCGCUCCUCUCGCCGCUCAACCAUCGGGCAGGUGGAGCGGCGUCACAUCAAGGACGUGGAAGAAGUUCUUCGCCUCUUCGACACCGAGUUUGCUUUAAAGCUGAAUCCCGACGUCGACGUAGAUUUCCUAAAGUCAAGGAUUAGGAGCGUUAUUUAA